CAUGAAUAAGUUGUUAGAGUUUGGAAGAAAAGCGCUAUUUUAUGUACGGGUGCUUUCUGGAUAUGAGGAGCGAAGAAUACGAUCUUUCAGGUUGCAGCUGGAGAAUCAUCUUAAACAGUAACGGUUUCCUUUUAGGAGCUAGGAUGAACUGGGACUUUAUUCAAAUGGAGUUGUGGUUCUGUGCAAGGGAGAGAAGUGAACCUCACAUUUUAAAAAUCAAGUGAGACCCCACCUUAAUGUGAAGUGUGAGAAAGCGUGAUGCAGCCCUGUUCAUAGAAAGCAGCAGGGAUGGAAUCCCGAUUCAAUCAAGAGAAUACAGCACAUGAGAGGAAGGCAGCUUUGAACAAAGUACCUGAGCAGAUUAUUUUGUCUGAGGUUCGCCGUAUGGUUGAAGAGAUGCAGGCUUUAAACAAGAAGUUGGAAGAGACAGAAGCAGCAGUUGAAGAAUACUUCAAACCAAUUGACGAGGAAGCUGAGAUUAUAAUGAAAAUGCAGCUAGAAGGGAAAGAGAAAACUUCAGAGGACAUGUUAAAAGCAAUGGAGCAACAGGCUUUGCUCGAUCAAGUUGAAGCAGAAAAAAUUUCUGCUGCACGUCAGCUAGAAACGUUCCAUGCCAACCAAAACCAGCCGUCCACAUCUACAAUCCCAGAGGAAGCUUCACAAAUUUUGAAUGCCAAAAGUUAGGUACAGUUUUUAGGUAUUUUGCUAUCAGUUCUUGUUCAAAAACAUGACAAGUAGAUAUUUUUUUCUCCAACUUGGUAUCACAUAGUUGGAUCGCUAAAAAAAUUCGCUUCUCAUGUUAUGUUAUUAUUGGAAAACCUGAUAGCAAACAUUCUAGGAAUCAUUGAUGAUAACUAAAUCCAAGGGUGCUGGGCGUAACAUCCAAAACAAGGAGAAAAGGUUUCUGCAGUUUGAGUAUUUGGCAUAUCUCAAAGAGGCAGUUUUUUUAUUUCUCCAUUCCAUGUUCCAGGGCUUCUUAGACUUAGCUGAGAUGUCUCAUUAAGAGCGUUGGGAUGACAGUCAUUUUUUGUUGUUGUGCAGAAUGGAUCACUGUUCAGACAUUGAUGAGAAAAUAAAUGAGCUGAGCAUGAGAACGAGUGUUGUUAUAUUUGGGAAAGAA